GAUAGAAGAGGGAACUUAUUUGUCUCUAAUUCCCUAAAGUAGAAACAUUUCUUUUUUGUCAUAUUUGUUAAAAGAGUAUAGGUGUGAUUCUUAAAUCUAAUGGGAUUCUCUUUUGAGUUUAUUCUUCACGAGUUUAACCAGAGCUUCCCUUUCCCCUUCCAUGAGGUCCCACUUUGUCCUCUCUCCCUCCCUUACAACCCUUACCAGCUCCAUUGUGUCUCAUUUACUUACCUUGUUCCUCUGGCCCUCUUGUUGAUGAUUUUUCUGAGAAAGUUAAUAUAAUUUAAACAUGACCAUUGGACUAGCAUGUAAGAUGGUCUCGGGUUUUAUUUCUUUUUUUCUUCCCUUAAAGCUGCCUUAUGUUGGUAUCCCCUGGGCUUCAUUUAUUUUGUUCAGUAUUCUUUAUUUUCAGGAAGCAUGGUUUUGGCACAGAAAGCAGGUGUGUGAAUGAAAGGUAAGAGGAACUUACCAAGGAACAUUAAAGUUGCUGUUGGAAGGAAGUUAUAAACGAAAACUACUAAAGGACAGAGAAGAAAGAGUAGAAAGAGACACAGCCUGAAGUCUCUAAGACUUAAAAAGCUGGGUUAUAACUGCCCAUAAGGGAGCCAACAUAGAUCUGAGAAAUAACUGAGUCUACAAGGGUCUGUGUGCCAGGAAAGCUGCUGUUGAUGGGCACAAGCCCUGCAUCAUCAACUGAUUCAUUUUGGCCAUGUCAGUGGUAGCAUCAUUAAAAGAUUGUGCCUCCACCCUGCCUUCUCUACAGAAAAGCCAAGUGGCCUUGGAAGAGGCAUGGGCUCUACAAAAAUGGAACUUGAGGCUGGGGCUAGUGCCAGUAAGUUCGUGUGUCAAGUUAGAGAUUUUGAUGCUGUUGGUGAUUUUUCUGCCAAGCAUGUAUUUCCACCUAGAAUCAGUAUAUUAUUCUUCCUAUGAAAUUACUAUUUUCAAGAGGCUAACAGUCCAGGAAAGAGAGAACCCAGUGGGGAAAGUAUCUUACAUACUAGUUAUGCAAGGCCAGAAGCACCUGGUUCACCUGAAGGUGAAGAGAGAUUAUUUUGUGAAAAAUUUUCCAGUCUACAGUUACCACAACGGUGUCCCGGGGCAAGAAGUGCCUUUCAUUUCACAUGACUGUCACUAUGAAGGCUACAUAGAAGGAAUGCCAGGUUCUUUUGUUUCUGUCAACACCUGUUCAGGCCUCAGGGGCAUCCUGAUUAAGGAGGAGAAAUCUUACGGCAUUGAGCCUGUGGAAUCUUCAAAGCAAUUUGAACACGUACUGUACACCAUGGCACAUCAAGCGCAUGUCUCCUGUAGUGUGACUUCCAAAGACAGCCAAGUGGUGUCUACCAGCUGGCAACAAGGGAGCAGGAAGCCUCAGAAUCUACAGGCACUGUCCUACUUGUGGUCACACACCAAGUAUGUGGAGAUGUUUGUCGUAGUCAACAACCAGCGGUUCCAGAUGUGGAGUGGUGACAUCAAUGAGACAGUCCAGAGAGUAGUGGACAUCAUUGCUCUGGCCAACAUCUUCACUAGGGGAAUAAACACAGAGGUGGUGCUGACUGGAAUGGAGAUCUGGACUGAGGAGGAUCUAGUAGAAGUCCCAGAGGACUUGCAGGUUACACUCAGGAAUUUCAAUAGCUGGAGAAGAGAGAAGCUCAUCCAUCGUGUGAAGCAUGAUGUUGCCCACAUGAUCGUUGGGCAUCAUCCGGAAGGGAGUAUGGGUCAGGCGUUUCUCAAUGGUGCCUGUUCAAGGGGUUUUGCCGCUGCCGUUGAAUCUUUCCACCACGAAGAUGUCCUUCUGUUUGCAGCGCUCAUGGUCCAUGAGCUCGGGCACAAUCUGGGCAUUCAGCAUGACCAUUCGGCCUGCAUUUGUAAAGAUGAGCACUUUUGUCUCAUGAGUGAAAGUAUCACGAAACAUGGUGGCUUCAGUAACUGCAGCUCUGACUACUUCUACCACUUCCUUCAUGAACACAAAGGAGCCUGCCUAUUUAACAAACCAUGGCACAAAGGCCGCAAGCGUAGGGAUUCUCGCUGUGGAAAUGGUGUGGUGGAAGACCUGGAGGAGUGUGACUGUGGUUCUGCUUGUGACGGUCACCCAUGCUGUGACCGAAUCUGUCAACUGAAGAAACAUGCAGAGUGUAGUGAUGGACUCUGCUGCCAUGUUUGUACUUUCAGAAGGAUCGGAUUUUUAUGCCGUCCCACUCAAGAUGAGUGUGACCUUCCAGAAUACUGUAAUGGUAGUUCUGCAGAAUGUCCAGCAGACAGCUACAAGCAAGAUGGCACAUUGUGUGACAGAUUUCACUAUUGCUCUAAGGGUCAGUGUAAGAACCCUGAUAAGCAAUGCAUGGAGAUAUAUGGGAACCCUGCAAGAUCCGCCCCAGAAGACUGUUACAUUUCAAUGAAUACAAAAGGGGACCGGUUUGGAAAUUGUGGCCGUCCCACUGCAGCUCAGCAAAGAUAUGCUACAUGUUUAGGUGAUAAUAUAUUUUGUGGGAAACUCGUAUGUACAGAUGUUAGACACUUACCACCAAUCAACGCUCAGCAUGCACUGAUGCAGGUCCCUCACAAAGAUGACUGGUGCUGGAGCAUGGAUGCUUUUAAUGGUACUGAUAUCCCUGAUGAUGGAGAUGUGCAGAGAGGCACUUCUUGUGCCCCAAACAAAGUGUGCAUCAAUUAUUCCUGUACUCACCACUCCAUACUCCAGUAUGACUGUAAACCAGAGGAAAUGUGUCAUGGAAAUGGUGUUUGCAACAAUUUGAGGCACUGCCACUGUGUGUUUGGUUUUGCACCCCCAGACUGUAAAAAUCCAGGAAGUGGGGGUAGUGUGGACAGUGGUCCCCCUAUUAAACCAGGUAAUGAAAUUCCAAGUAGAGAUGAAAGUAGAAGUCAUAGUGUUGGCCGAGGUAAUGCCCAUCAAGGUGAUGACAGCAAUGAUAAACACCAAAGCCUUGAUCAGAUGGUAUACAUAUUCCCCCUGUUUCUUUUAGCAUUAUUUUUAGGUCUAAUUUUUGUUGGGCAUUUCAGGGCUGGAAAGGGGAUAUCACAGUGCUCACAAGAUUACCUAGAAGAAAUCUCAGAAGAGGCUGUACCAAAAGAGGAUGUAGGCAAAGUACAGGAAGAACCAGAGACAGAAAGGGAGUAGUGGAAGGAAGAAGUCCAAUAUAGCUAAUAUCUGAUACACUGGGUUAGAAGAAGGCUCAGUGCAGCAAAGGUGAAGGGGCCAUUUAUGCUACAGUGGCCCUUAUAAAAACUCUGUAAUAGUAUUAAUAUGGGAGUAGGAAUUUUCUUCUAUGUACUUUAUUUCAGUAAUGGAUUAUAUACCCAUUAGAAAUUGUAUAUAACAAUACUGUUGUUCCGUUUUCAAAUUUAAUAAAAUAAUUCAAGUUUCUGUAGGGAUCAUUCCUGUCAAUAUAGUCUCUCACUAGAGCUAAGAGUUCCCUGUUUUUAGGUGAUACCUUCUGUUUAAAAUAUAAUACUAUCCCUACCUGUAUAUAUUAUCAUUCUAGAAUUUUAUUUAGUAAAUUUAUGAGAGUCUCACAUAAGGAGGUUAUGCCAGAAUCAAACAUGAUAACCACAGGGUUAGGAUGAAUUCAUAAAUGAAAAGCCAGGGUGACAAUUAGAAAGUGUCUUUUA